CAUCAGAUACAGUGCCACGUCAGACAAAGUGCCACGUCAGCAGUGCCACGUCAGCAACAUGACGGGCCUGCCAGGGCAACUGCCCAACGAGUCCCUUGCAGCCUACAAGCAGCGGUUCCAGGCUCAGAUAGAGGCUGAGGAACAACGCCAGCUGGCAGCCGAGGCUGCCCGCGUACAGGCUGAAGAGGCAGCAGCAGCAGAGCAACUGCAGCUACAGGCCGAUGCAGACGCAGAUGCCCAGGCUCGCCGCAAGGAAGCCCAAGAUCUGCUGCAGCGACAUGAAGCCAACAGCAUCGACAGACUCAAGUUCUGGCAUUUUGAACCGAACGGCGACGAGGCAACACCGGAAGAGAAGCACAAGGAGUUCCUCUCCAAACUCGUGACGCGGUUGUUGUAUGCUUGCAACUACCAACGGUCAGAGUUGGAGAGACAGUACCAAUACCUGACGCAACAGCAGCAGGAGUUGGCACAGCUCCGCCGCAUAGUGCAGAGCCACGAGGAUGCAACAUGGGCACUCAAUGCCCGAUUGCUGGACCUGGAACAGGCUGUACCAGGACCAACUGCUGGGGCUUUCAGCAGUGCACCCUCUAGCCGCCAACUGGAGGACCGCGUUGACCACGUAGUGGCAAUGCUCAGCGACAUCAGCACCUUCGCUGCGCCGACCACCACCAUCAGCAGUCAGCUGCAUACAUUGAAGACCGAGGUCCAGCAGCUGCAGACGACGAACGCAGAUGGCAAUCCGAAGAUGUAUAAGAUGCCAACUUUCAAUCUGGAGAGGUUCGACGACUACACGCAGCAGGAUCCGGUCCUCUGGUGGGAAGCAUUUACACGCAACUCAGGAUUCUGCCCACUUGAAGGACAAAAUCACAUGGGAGGAACUGACACGGCUGUGGAAGAAGCGGUUCAUCGUCGACGGCGCGCCGACACUCGCCAUCAACCGUCUGUUCACCAUGUCACAGGGCAACACUGCAACACGGGACUGGAUCACAGAGUGGCAGAAGAUUCGGCAGUGCCCAAUCUGGAGUUGCCUUUCACUCAUCUCAGACGUGAGUUCUACAACAGGUCCUGUGCUGCAUUGAGCCAGGCCCUUGGUGAUCGCGAGCAGUACUCCACUUUCGCCGAGAUUAUCGACAAGGCGAGAGAGAUCAUCAAGACCAACAGGUCAGCUGCACACGAGAGGUCAACAUGGCAGCUGACCUAUGUGGAGAAGGUACGAACUGGUCCGCGACAGCAGCACUUCGCUGCAGUCCAGCAGAACAGUGGAGAUAACCCAACAGCCACUCCAGCAUCAAGUGACGAAGAUCAGGUGGUUGCUGUCCAGCCGCGAAGCAACAACAAGUCCUGCAACAAUGGGAAGGCGAAAUCCGCAUCGCAGGCCGGAAAUGGACAGCCAGUACAAGUUCCAUGGGUCAAGUUUGGCUUGACCGAGGCGGAGUACAAGCUCGACCCGUUGACGUUCACGGACUUCCAGUGGAUGCCCGUUCCCUCAACCGGACGAUUGUCGAAACCGCAUUGCAAUGUGCUCAUGGCACAACUGUGGGACUACUUGCACACUGCAGUACCAGCUUCGUUGAUGGACGCCGGAGCAGAGGUUGUCGACCUUCAGGCUUACAUCGUGAAGAUCGACCGCGAGUUCAAGACGCAACGGUACGACGACAUCGACGCACCAUUGCUAUAUGUACGCAUUCAGAUCGGAGAGGCAACCUGCAGUGCCUUGAUUAAUUGCGGAGCAUCUCGCAACUACAUCAGCCAGGACUUCAUGGUGCGCGCCGGCCUUGGCCCACGCGUCCGGAGGAAGCCCCAGCCUACGCAAGUCACAUUGGCGGACGGUCACACGCACAAGUCUAUCGACCGGUGCAUUGACAGCGUCCCAGUGUACUUUGCCCCUUUCGCAAGUGAGGCGGUGCCCUUUGACAUUCUGGACACCAAAUUCGACAUGAUCUUGGGCAUGUUAUGGCUGCGAAGCAAGGAUCACCUGGUGAACUUCUUCAACCGCACCGUUCACGUUCGUGACCGGAACGGAGUAUUAGUUCCAUGCACGGUGCCUCUUCCUCACCCUUCGAUCAGCUGCCACGUGGUAUCCGCCGCAAGCAUGCGAGCUUCCAUCAUCAGAGUCGACAUCGAGGAGAUGGGGGUGUCUUUUCUCCACGCCCUCUCGCCCCAUGACACUUCAUCGACGGACUCACCUUCGGACCCACGCAUCACCAAACUUCUCGACGCCUACAGCGACGUGUUCGAAGGCCCGCAUGGAGUAGUACCGGAUCGACCCAUCCGCCACGAGAUCAUCCUCGAGGACGGGGCCGUACCUCCGCGCGGUUGCAUCUACCGAAUGAGCGAGAAAGAGUUAAGUGUGCUUCAGGCACAACUCGACGACCUUCUAAAGAAAGGCUGGAUUCGGCCUAGCUCAUCGCCAUACGGUGCUCCUGUUCUCUUUGUCCAGAAGAAGAACAAGGACCUGCGGUUGUGCAUCGAUUAUCGCAAGCUCAACGCGCAGACGAUCAGGAACGCCGACCCUCUCCCACGCAUCGAUGACCUUCUCGAGCGAUUGGGCGGCGCACAGUUCUUCUCUAAGCUGGAUCUCAAGUCAGGGUACCACCAACUCGAGAUUCGCAAGGAGGAUCACUACAAGACCGUGUUCAAGACACGGUAUGGGCAUUUCGAAUGGCUGGUCAUGCCGUUUGGCCUUACGAAUGCCCCAGCCACUUUCCAAGCGGCUAUGACAACGGAGUUUCGACACAUGCUGGAUCGGUUUGUUCUCAUCUACCUCGACGACAUCUUGGUGUAUAGUCGGAGUUUGGACGAGCAUGUGGAGCACCUGCGCACCGUUUUGGAGCGGCUACGACAAGCCAAGUACAAAGCAAACCGCGGCAAGUGCGAGUUCGCACAACAGGAGCUGGAGUACUUGGGACACUAUGUGACGCCGCAAGGCAUCCGUCCGCUCGCGGACAAGAUCGAGGCCCUACGAGUAUGGCCCGAGCCCACCAACACCACAGAUGUUCCUUCAUUCAUGGGAUUGGCGGGCUACUAUCAGCGAUUCAUCACCGGAUACUCCAGGAUUGCUGCACCUAUGACGAGGUUACAGUCGCCAAAGGUGCCAUUCGUAUUCGAUGACGACGCACACUGGUCAUUCCAAGCACUUAAGACGGCUAUGCUCAUGGCACCCGUCCUUAGCAUCUAUGACCCCACCCCGCCGACGCGAGUGACUACGGACGCUUCCGGCUAUGGCAUUGGGGCAGUCUUGGAACAGCACGAAGGCGACGACUGGCACCCUGUGGAGUAUUUCAGCCACAAAGUGCCUCCCAUCAACUCGCUUGAUGAUGCACGAAAGAAGGAGCUGCUCGCAUUUGUGAUGGCUCUCAAGCGCUGGCGACACUUCCUCCUUGGGCGUCGUAGGUUCACAUGGGUCACAGAGAACAAUCCAUUGACCUACUACAAGACGGAGGACACGAUGAGCAGCACGAUCGGACGAUGGAUGUACUUCAUCGACCAAUUUGACUUCACACCAAAACAUGUCCCCGGCCUCUCCAAUCGCGCAGCAGAUGCACUCUCGCGAAGACCUGAUCUUUGCGCUAUGUCACAUCAUGCCUUCGCAUUCGACGAGGAGCUUCAGCGACACUUCAUCCGGGCAUAUCAGUGUGAUCUGGACUUCGGCACGCUCUAUGCACAACUAUCUUCGGAUCACCCGUCGGCCAGCCAUUACCGCAUUGCCGACAGGUACUUGCUCCUCCACUCAAGAGGCAAGGACUUACUAUGUGUCCCACGCGACCGUCGUCUUCGAACUCGCCUCCUCGGCGAGUACCAUGAUUCACGACUCGCCGGCCAUUUCGGAGUCAACCGCACUAUUGCACGGCUUCGACAGCGAUUCCGAUGGUCCGACCUCAUUACCGAUGUCACUCGGUAUUGCGACUCUUGCGAAGUUUGCCGACGCAGCAAGCCCCGCAACCGCAAUCCCUUCGGCGAGUUACACCCGAUGCCUAUCCCAUGGGAACCCGGUCUCUCCAUUGCCAUGGACGUCACCGGUCCGUUUCCUCGCGACCAGCUCGGGCACGACGACAUCCUCACGGUUGUGGACCGAUUGAGUAAGUACGCGAGUUUUCUCCCUUGCAAGUACCACUCCACGGCUCCCGAGCUGGCACGCCUCCUGCACACUAGUUGGAUUUGUGGCCACGGUGUACCAGAAGACAUUGUCAGCGACCGCGACACUCGUUUCAUGUCGGCGUUUUGGACUGCUCUCAUGCAGGACUCCGGCACAACAAUGAAACCAAGUUCGGCUCGACAUCCUCAGACAGACGGGCAGACGGAGCGGCAUCAAACCGCUCAAAUGAUGCUUCGUACGCUCAUCCAUCCGGACCAAAAAGAUUGGGUUGACCGCCUCCCCGACAUCGAGUUCGCCUACAACACUUCGGUGCAUCCGGCGAUCGGGGUGACUCCAUUCGAGUUGCACCACGGUGGACGGAAAGGCCGGAUCUUCGCAGACCUUCUCCCCCCUCGACCAGCCGACAUUGACGCUGCUUGCUCUCCCGCUUCCGUCCGGAAGUACAGGGAAUUGCUGACUCAAGCCCGCGCAAAUAUGCAAAAGGCCCAAGUCCGCAUGCAGUAGCAAGCCAACAGGCGUCGCGUACCAUGUCCCAUCCGCGCCGGUGAUCUGGUUUGGGUCUCCGCGGAAGAAUUUGCACUGGAACAGGAUGUUUCACGCAAAG